AUGCACUUUAAGAAUAAUAAAAGACUGCGCUUUGUUGAAGUUAUCCAGCCAGAUCCAAAUGAAGAUACUGAAUGGAAUGAGAUAUUGAGAAAAUUUGGAAUUCUUCCCCCAAAAGAAAAACCGAAAGAUGAAAUUGAAGAAAUGGUUUUACGUUUGCAGAAGGAAGCAGAAGUGAAACCAUAUGAAAGAAUGAAUCUUAAAGAAUUAAAGGAAGCUGAAGAUGACUUUGAUGAGGCUGAUAGGAAGGCUGUUGAAAUGUACAGGCAGCAGCGCUUGCAAGAAUGGAAAUGUCUUCAGAGGAGGCAAAAGUAUGGGGAGCUAAGAGAAAUUAGUGGACAACAAUAUGUAAAGGAAGUUACAAAUGCUCCUGAGGAUGUUUGGGUCAUAAUUCAUCUUUAUCGGACAAGCAUCCCAAUGUGUUUACUAGUUAAUGAACAUCUCAGCCAACUAGCCAGAAAGUUUCCAGAAGCCAAGUUUGUCAAAGCCAUUGUGAACAGCUGCAUUGAGGACUACCAUGACACAUGUUUACCCACAAUACUCGUAUAUAAAUCCGGUGAAAUAAAAGGCAGAUUCAUAGGAGUAGCUGAAUGUGGGGGGAUAUAUCUUAAAGUGGAAGAGCUUGAAUGGAAACUAGCAGAGGUUGGAGCAAUUGAAACUGACUUAGAAGAAAACCCCAAAAAGGAAACUAUAAAUAUGAUGACAUUAUCAAAGCAAAAUACUUCUGCUCAUGAAAACACCAAUACAAAAAGCAGCGAUGUGCUGAAACCACAUAUUACUUGAGGAGAAAUCUUU